AUGGACCAGACCAGAUCACCAUCAUCCUGUAUGUCAAAGUGCAACUUGCUGGGCGCGUCCAAGCAAUAUUCGAAUUCGAGACAGGAAAUGGAAGACACAGAGGGCAUCCUUACAUCAGAACUGAACAAACUGAGCUUGCAAGAAAGAGCCAAAGCCCUGGAAGAUAUCCAUUGUGUCGGACAAGACCUGGAGGAAACCCCUGAACUUGUGGAAGAGUUGCUUGCGGAAUUCGAUCGAACAGCUCAGCAGCAAGAACAACAUGAUCCAAGCUAUAAAGAAAUGGCAAAGCGCCAUAGAGCAUACGUCCAAGAUCGUUCCCUUCGCUUAAAGUUUAUCAGGUCAAAAAAGCACGAUGUUGGCAAAGCUGUCAAUCAAAUGCUCCACUUUCUUCGAAACAAGGCUAAGUACUUUGGCAAUGACUGCAUUGGCCGUGAAAUCUCGUUUGAUGACAUGAAUGAGGAGGAUCAAGAACUGUUACUAUCAGGAUUCUAUAACAUAGGGAAAGAUAGAGAUCAAAGCGGCAGAGUAGUUAUGUACGUGUUGCCAGAGCUGACUGGGAGCGCUAGUCCUGAAACGUUUUGUCGGGUUGCGUACUAUGUCUACUUCAACAUUCUCGUCUCGUUUCCCGAAGUGCAGAUGAAAGGGUUUGUAUUCGUUUUCUACGACAUUUCGAAAGAUGACCAGCUCCCUUCAAUGCCAAGCAUAGACUUGAGUUUGGCAUCCAUAGAUAUGAUCAUGAGCAUUCCCAUCCGCUUUUCAGCGACGCACUAUUGCCUGAAGGCACGUACAGAAAAGCUUGGCGUUUUCAAUUCAGUAUUCAAGCUAAUAUUCAAGACGUCUGGGGAUACGCAGUCUUAUAGUAAGGUGAGAUCGCGGAUGCAUUAUGGCAGUGACAUCGAAUUGCUGUAUCAGCUCCGGGGUCACGGCAUCAACACCGACUCUGCCCCCGUCACCAACGACGGUACUCUUCGCGAGGAAAAUCGAAAUGAUUGGUUGUUCGACCACCUCGAGAAAGAACGGAGUGACAUUAUCGAAAGGAACCAGAGCGUUCAAGAAUCUUCUUCUGUGGAACCAAAUGUGCAAGCUGCUGUUGCGUCUGUUGGUUUACUAGCAUCAGGAUCCGAGACGAUUGCAGUCGAUGAUGACGCGGAAGAGUUGAUUAGCAUUGUUGCCCAUGAUGGAUCCAGUUUACCAGUAGCACCAGGAACUGCUGUGGCAGCUGAAAAUCAGCAUGGAUCAGGUAAACGUGUAGAGAAAGCGCCCAUCACCCCUACCGACGCCGAUAUUCUGCUCGGACGAGGCCGCUUGGUCCAAUACAAUCCAGGCAAUAUCCGUUUCCGUGAGCUGGCCGCAAAAUACAAGGAUGCGUACGACACCGCUCCUGGGCGCAGGAGAAAAGAGGUCGUUGUGGAGGUGGAAAGUAUCCUCCGCUCCGAGGGGAGGCGAUUUCUGAAGCAAGUUGAUACUGAUGUGUGGGUGAAGGGCAGUGAGAAAGAGAUCAAAACAAAGGUAGCUCAGUUGUUCCGAGAGUUUCGUAAAACGAAAUAG